GGAUAUACAAAAGAGACAUACGUUAAGUGUCAUUAAAUGAAGCCUUUUUCGUCUCGAUCAGAUUUUUAUUUCCAUUAAAAACAGAUAUGAUCCGCUAAGCGUUCUGAAGUGAAGAGGAUCUGUCGUUUGGCUGUGCACGCUUUAUUUGUUCAGUAUGUGUGAAAUGAUCGUUAAUUAUGAUAAAGGCAGUGACCCAUUUAUUAUGAUAAAUACAGCUGGCAAUGCACAGCCACCUGAGGACAGAAUGGGGGCCCUGGCAUGGAAAUGCUGUGUUGGAUGCGGAUGCAAGAUUUCUGACCGGUUCCUCUUGUUUGCUUUGGAUGGAUACUGGCACUUCCACUGUCUUAAGUGCUCCUGCUGUCAAGCCCAGUUGGCAGAAAUUGGCUCAUCUUGUUUCACCAAGUGUGGCUUGAUCCUCUGCAAAAGUGACUAUAUAAGACUAUUUGGUAACAGUGGAGCCUGCAUGGCUUGCAGAAAAUCCAUCCCAGCAAGUGAAAUGGUUAUGCGAACACAAGGGAAUGUGUUUCAUGUCAAGUGUUUUAUUUGCUCCAUCUGUCAUAACCAGUUAGUACCUGGCGACCGUUUUCACUAUGUGAAUGGAAAGCUAUUCUGUGAGCGAGACACGCCAGCAGCUUGUGCACACAGAAACGACCACUUGGAUUCACUCAUGGAGCACAAAAUAUCAGAACAGAAGAUCUAGUUUUACAUUCAGGACUUCACAUAACUCUGUAGUUGCUUCAUCAGCUGCAGACAAUUUUAUGAAAGUGUAAUAUUGUGGAAAUCAACGUGUGCGGUAAUGUAACGCAGUUUAAAUGAGGUUAACCAUCGGAGCUGAAAAGCAAUCAGUGAGCAUCCUUGCGUAUCAUAAUCAAUUAUGAAUUGGUUUCUACAGAAUGACCUUUCUUAUGCAUAUUGUGGACCUGCAUUUAUUUGGUUGUGGUAUUAGUCUACUUCGGUACCUCUGCAACUGUGCCUGUUUAUAGAGUAGACUGGAAAAAUGCCAUCUUCCACUGGUUUGUGAGUGAUGUUUAUCUUUUGUUUAUGGGGUGGCUAUUCUCCUGGUUUACAGUUACAGUAUUACUGUAAUCAACCUGAUGUCAGUACAGAAGCGUCCAAGAAGUCCAACUAUCUUUGCAAAUCUAUUUAAUUUUCUGUAUGUAUUGGAAUAAAAGGUUGU